AUGCUGUUCACUUGCUUAGUGCUGGUUUCCUUCCUUACAAAUGCCGCCGUACAGGGCGAGAGUAGCGCACUACAGGACGAAGUCAAGGAGGCCCUUAGGUAUGUCAACGAAGCCGAUAACGAAAAUAUCAUGUGGGAUCCUGAUCUGGCCGAGAUAGCACAGCGUUUGGUAAAUGAUCCAAAGACUGUGAAUGCUGACUUAAGGAUCAAGAAAAACAAGUGUUUCAAGAAGAAAGAUAGAAGAUCUUGGUUCAACAAAGUAGUAGACGGUUUUGAAAAGAUCGAACGCCUUGGAACAGAAACACACUUCGGAUGCAACGGCGUUCUCGACGCACGGCUAGCGAAUUACCAUUGUGUGACUAUUGCCUGUAUCUACAAGAAAUAG